AUGUUAGAGAUUACAACCACUACUGGAGAUCAUAUCCAUCAGGUCGAACCACCUUUGCUACCAACAAUGUCCAACCCAAAAUAUGAAAAAAAUAUGUUUGUGCUCAUCAGAUCAGAUGGCGGUGGCAAUAUUGAUCGUUGGUUGGUGGCGGCUAAAACUCACAUUAUACAAUUAAACCGGUCGUUUUCUACGAUUUCCAAAUUCAUUACUUUCUUCACUCUCCAAAUUCACGCACACUCUCCGCCAGAAAUACAGAUUUAG